CAUCACCGCGUGGGAUACUCAUGUGGUAGGCACCGGAACCGGCGACGGUAGAUAUUCCAACACCGGAAAUAGCUGAGGACGAAACCAACGGAGUGUGUCAGACGGGGCAAUAUAUUCAGCAUCCUCAAGACCUCAGGAACAUGGCCGCACCGCUUCAGAAUUGGCUGUACUCCCCUAAGUUCAUCCACACUGGUUUUCUCCAAGAAAAUUGCGUCAAAUAGAACACACUGACCACAAUUCGUACUCGAUCGUUGUAAAGCUGUCUUAUCGCGAUUCUAUCCGUUCCCAUCACCACCAUGGCUGCCGUUAACGAAAUCCCGACAUCGGUUGACUCGUCGGAAAAGGUCGCCGAGACUUUGAACUUCACCAAUGGCAAGAAUAAGGCUUCACGAGAUGUUGCGUGGUACCAGCCGGAGCUAAAACAGAUCCCGGAGACAGCCAAGCAGAUCUUUCAGAAUUACUCCAAGAUCAGCGACGACGAGAUCUUCAAACACAUCUAUCGGGUACGAGAUGAAGCCUGGGAAAUUCUGCCAUACGUAUGUGUUGGCUGCUUCAGGUUUCUCGACUUUCCAGCAUCCCUUUCGCCCGCGUACCCCGAAGUCCUCGAGCGCGUCCGUGCUGGCGAGACAUUGCUCGAUAUGGGCUGCGGUCUUGGCCAAGACAUACGCAAGUACGUCUAUGACGGGGCUCCUGCCGAUAACCUCAUAGGUGUCGACGUUGAGUCGAGGUUCCACGAUCUGGGCUACGAGCUCUUCAAGGACCGCGAUACACUCAAGGCCCGCCUGGUCACUGGCGACGUUUUCGAGGACGACUUCCUGUCCGAGUUCCGAGGCAAGAUCGAUAUUAUCUUCGUAGGAUCCUUCCUACACCUCUUCACCUAUGAGCAGCAGAUUAAGAUCAUGGCUCACGUGACGAAGCUGUUGAAAAACCGCAAAGGCUCCAUGAUCUUUGGGCGUCAUAUGGCCACUGCUCAAGCGGGAGGCGCCUUCAACACUAGUGCCACGGGGUGGUCGCUGUAUUAUCACAGCCCCGAAACGAUCAACCAGCUGUUGGAGUCUUCGUCGGAAGGAAAGUGGGAUGUCGAAACCAAGCUCAUCCCUUACUCGACCGCUAGCACGGUUGUCGAAAAGGGAAUGACUUGGCAAGGAGGUAAUGAUAUUAAACAGAUGUAUUUCUCAGCUAAGAAGCUAUGAGAAAUCGAGGUAGAAAGUGGAUGAGACCGUGUUGUUGCCAGGCCUCCUCAGUACGGUGUUU